AGAACCGAGGGGGACAACCCGCCUGCAGAGGCUGCAGGGGACCGCCGGGACCCCGCCGGCGAGCACCGCGGGUGCGGGGCGGGGGGGGGGGGGGGAAGCUGCCUCCGGCCGCUCCUCACCCGCGAAGCGCCGGGGGCGUGGAGGAGGAGGAGGAGGAGGAAGAGGAGGAGGAGGAGGAGGGGUAUUUCGGGGCGGCGAGGAGCAGGUGGAGCUCAGUGCCGCCCUGGGAAGCGGCCAGCUCGGGAGCGGCGCCGGCCCGGUCUCCGCACCGCGCCAUGGGCUCCGCGGCCGCGGCGCUGCCGCCGCUGCUCCUCGCUCUGGGCAUUCUUCAUAACUGCUGUGAAGCCUACAAUGUUGGGCUCCUAGAAGCAAAAAUAUUUUCUGGUCCAUCAAGAGAGCAGUUUGGCUAUGCAGUUCAACAGUUUAUAAAUGAACAAGGCAAAUGGUUGUUGGUUGGUUCACCCUGGAGUGGCUAUCCCUCUAACAGAACUGGAGAUAUCUACGCAUGUCCUGUUGGUACGUCCAAAACCACCUGUAAAAAACUGAAUUUACAAGCUUUAAUAAAUAUUCCCAAUGUGACUGAGAUAAAGGAAGACAUGAACCUUGGCUUGACUCUGAUACAGAACUCAAAAACAGGGGGAUUUCUGACUUGUGGUCCCUUGUGGGCACAGCAGUGUGGAAGCCAAUACUACGCAACAGGAGUCUGUUCUGAAAUCAGUCCAAGUUUCCAGAUCCUAAGAAGCUUUUCUCCUGCUGUUCAAAAGUGUUCCUCUGUCAUAGACGUUGUGGUUGUCUGUGAUGAGUCAAACAGCAUUUAUCCCUGGGAUGCAGUGCGGGCAUUUUUGAAAAAAUUUGUACAAGGCUUAGACAUAGGCCUUAACAAAACCCAGGUGGGUUUAAUUCAGUAUGCUAAUGAUCCCCGUGUAGUGUUCAACUUGAAUACAUAUCAAACAAAGGAUGAGGUUGUUAAAGCAAUGGAGGGAACAUAUCAGAAGGGAGGAGAUCUCACUAAUACUUUCAAGGCCAUUGACAAUGCAAGACAGUAUGCCUUCUCACCUGAAUCGGGAGGACGUCCAACAGCCACAAAAGUAAUGGUUGUUGUGACAGAUGGUGAAUCACAUGAUGGCUCCAACUUGAAAACAGUGAUAGGUAAAUGCAAUGAAGACAACAUAACCAGAUUUGGCAUUGCUGUUUUGGGAUACUUAAUCAGGCAUGAACUUGAUACUAAAAACUUAAUUAAAGAAAUCAAAGGAAUUGCUAGUCAUCCAACAGACAAGUAUUUCUUUAAUGUGUCAUCUGAAGCUGCACUGCUGGAAGAAGCAGGAACACUUGGAGAGCGCAUUUUUAGUAUAGAAGGUACAGAUCAAGGUGAUACAUUCCAAAUGGAAAUGUCACAGGUGGGCUUCAGUGCGUAUUACUCACAAAAAAAGGAUAUUCUGCUGCUGGGUGCUGUUGGGGCCUAUGACUGGAGUGGAACAGUAGUUCAGGAGUCUUCAGACAGCGUCACCACCUUUCCAAGCCAUGUAUUCGAGAAGAUUUUACAGGACAGAAACCAUAGCUCUUAUCUAGGUUAUUCUGUUGCCGUUCUCUCAACUCGGAACUCUGUCUAUUUUGUUGCGGGUGCACCAAGAUCCAACUACACUGGCAGAGUAGUGGUUUAUGAUGUUGACAGCAAUGGUAAUAUCGCAAUUGUGCAGUCCCAGAGAGGCGAGCAGAUUGGCUCCUACUUUGGCAGUGUGGUGUGUUCAGUGGAUGUUAACAGGGAUUCUGUGACAGAUAUUCUGCUUGUGGGUGCACCAAUGUUUAUGAAUGACCUGAAGAAAGAGGAAGGAAGAGUAUACAUGUUUUCCAUCACAAAGGGAAUUUUGGAUCAACAAGAACUCUUGGAAGGUCCACAGGGGUCAGAAAAUGCUCGCUUUGGAUCAGCGAUCGCAACACUUGCAGACAUUGAUUUGGAUGGCUUUAAUGAUGUUGUAAUAGGUGCACCACUGGAAAACCAAAACUCUGGAGCAAUUUACAUUUACAAUGGAUUUCAAAAGACUAUACGUACCAAAUAUUCUCAGAAAAUUUUAGGAUCAGAUUCUGCUUUUGGACAACGGUUCCAAUUCUUUGGAAGAUCAGUAGAUGGCCACAGAGACUUAGAUGACGAUGACAUUACUGAUGUAUCAGUUGGUGCUGAUGGAAAUGUGGUUCUGCUAUGGUCACGAAGCAUUGCAAAUGUGUCCAUAAUUGCCUCAUUUAAACCUGAGAAAAUAAGUCUGCUGAACAAGAACACAGAAAUAACUGUCAAAAUAUGUUUUCAGGCUACAUUUAGACCUGCUAAGAGAAAUAAUCAAGUGGCUAUAAAGUACAAUGCAACAUUGGAUGCAGAUCUCCAGUCCUCUAGAGUGACUUCUAGAGGAUUGUUCAAAGAAAAUAAUGAAAGGUACAUGCAGAGGGAUCUUGUGGUACGUCAUGAGGAGAAUUGUGUUCAUGACGUCUUCAGUGUACAGGAACCUUCUGAUGCAGUGAAUUCACUUAGUCUGCGCAUCGACAUUGGCCUUGCAAAUCCUGGCUCCAGCCCUGUCCUUGAUAUGUAUUCUCCUGCAUCUGUGGCCUAUAGUAUUCCUUUUAUUAAAGACUGUGGUGAAGAUGAACUUUGUAUCUGUGAUCUUGUUCUGAAUGUUCAGCGGAAGGCAGAUGAUGGCAAACAGCAGUUUGUUGUCAGCAGCAAAAGCAGAAGACUAACAUUCAACGUGAAAUUGAGAAAUAAAAAGGAAAAUGCAUAUAACACCAGAAUCCAGGCUACAUUUUCAGACAACUUGUUUUUUGCUUCAUCGUCUUUACCGAGUGAUGGGACUGAAGUCUCGUGUCAGACAGGAACAGCACAAAGUACAGUCAUUUGCCAAAUAAGCUAUCCUGUUUUCAGAACAGGACAACAGGUAUCCUUUGAUAUUAGUUUUGAUUUUAACCUGAAAAAUCUUCAGAAUGUGGCAGUUCUAAAUUUUCGUGCGUUGAGUGAAAGUAAGGAAGAGCAAGAAUUGGACAACCAGGUCAUCUUACCAAUUCCUUUGCGAUAUGAUGCAGAAAUUCACUUCACAAGGCUUGCCAACAUCAACUUUUAUGAAGUGUACUCUGGUCAGAACAUUCCUUCCACUGUGAAUAAUUUUGAAGAUAUUGGCCCCACGUUCAACUUCUCAGUUAAGGUAACAACAGGAAGUAUUCCAGUGAAGAUGGCAUCUGUAGAAAUCUAUCUUCCAGCAUCAACCAGCAAAGACAACCCACUGAUGUACAUAACUGCAGUCACCACAGAUCAGGCCAGAGGUGUUACUUGUCAAGCUCAGAUAAAUCCACUGCAAAUAGGGAAAAGACCUUAUUUGGCAUCUUUCACAAGAGAGAACUUCAGAGCUUCCAAAGAACUGAACUGUAAGAAUGUGAAGUGCAGCACCAUCACAUGCAAACUGGAAGACAUUAUCCUGAAGGGAGAGUACUUUGUGAAUGUGUCCACCCGAAUCUGGAAUGGAACCUUUGCUGCUUUAACUUUCCAGACAUUACAACUCUCUGCAGAGGCAAAAAUUGAUACGCAUAACCCUGAGUUAUUUAUAAUUGGAGAGAAUACCCUAACUAUCCCAGUUACAAUAAUGAAGCCGGAUGAGAAAGCUGAGAUACCAGUUGGUGUUGUGAUUGGCAGUAUCUUGGCUGGACUCCUCCUGCUGUUAGUAUUGGUUGCCGUUUUGUGGAAACUUGGCUUCUUCGAGAGACAGUAUGAGAAAAUGACACAGGAUAUAGAAGAUGUUGAUGAAAUUACAGAACUCACAAAGGACAAAGACUGAAGAUGAGGAGUUACGUGGAUAAAGAGAGGAAAUCUGAGCCACCAACAGUAGUUGUGAUCCAGUCGGUUCUUCAGCUGGAGUGCCUUAAAGCUUAGUAACAUUUAAACAUUUUUAAUGGAAGUGUCUUGUUAUAGAUGAAAAUAUUUUACAGAUUCUACUCUAUUAUAAGAGUAACUGCAGGACAGUUCAUUUUUUUCAAAAAUGAUUUAUAGUGCCUUUUCUUGUAAAUUUUUGCCUUUCAAACAAGCUUAGCCCUUAGAACUGGCAGGUCCGGAGUUUACAGUAACAUAUUGUGCCAGCAACCCUUCUCCUGCUCCACUGCAGAGUGAAACAGAGCAAUUUAUUUCAGAUUACUGUGGAACAGCAUCAGUUCGUAAUUCAGUUGACAAGUACCAUAUGUGUAAAGGACAUUUUCUAUUAAGUUGAUGAUGAAUGUGUGGUGAAUACUGCUUCCAGACUGGGAGAAGAAAACCCAUUUUUCAUUGACUAACUCCAUCCUUAUUGUUUUAGAGAAAUAAUUUACACCAGCAAACCUUUGUCUUAACUAAUCUAUAAGGUGGGAACUGCGUAUGAAGAUGUCUGUCUGGGUGCUACAGGACAACUGGGUGGGCAAACUGUUCCAAAAGUUCACCAUAUUCCUUGCACUAAGGUCACAACUAAAUUACUGAAGUACAUUGCCUUGGGGAAAUAUUGCCAAACGGUAUGUAUAACUGCCUUCUGCAUACUUUCUCUCUGAGAAGAAAAUAAGAAUUUCAUAAUAAUUUACAGCAUUUUCUCUGCAAUGUUAUGAUUAGUUUUCAGACUUCAUCUUGAGAAGCACUACCACUACUGUUACACUGGGCUUUACGCUCGCAGUCGCUCUGACAGUAGUUUGGGUUUUGACAUAAAUAGGGAAGACAGUCAAGAUCUUGCCUUUAAUUCUAUACUGAAAAAUUUUGCAAGACUAAGAGCGUGAAGUGAACUAAAGGGGAUGAUUACUAAGGACGUAUGCACAUUGGGACAGAGGAUAGUGAAGAUCUAAGCUCUGUAAACUGUUUACUGCACUUGUUUCUUUAGCAUCUCAGUGCUCUCCAGGAGACCAAAGUUCAGUACGACCUCCUUAGCUGUCACAUUUUAUUUGGUCCCACAUGUUCCUGUCUUGAUGAAGAUAACUUAUGUUUUAUACAGUAAAGUACUGUAGUGCUCUGGAAGGAGCUCUGAGCACAACACUUGGGUUGACUUCAAGUUGGUUACACACCUCAAGUUUAUCACAUGCAAUUAUGCUGCCUGGUUUUAAUGAAAGCUCAGUCUUAAAAAGGCACAUGCUGUAAGACUGCUAACAGUCAAGGGAAUUCGCCUUUUGGCUGUCUUUCUCUCUCAUGCCUGGCAGUUAUGUUUAUAAUCAAUUGUGAGAGAAGAUGUGUGUGUUGUCCUUAUGUACACUGCCAUGCAAGUGAGACUGUUUCCAACUCAAGGUUGAUUUACUUGAAAACACUUAAAUGUACCUGAUUCAGACCUGAAGUCAUGUUUUCUUUCCCCCAAAGCUAGAUUGUACUUAUGCUUAGGCACCUUUCAGAUUAUUUUCUGAGGGACUUUUCAGAAACUAGGCUUGAGCACGUUUGAAAGUUUUACUCAGUCUUUUUUAAUCAGCAAUCAGUCAGGAGCCAACCAUCUCUUUGGCAAAUAACAGCUUCAUUUGCAGUGACAGCUGGAUUGUGCUCAGUGUAGUUUUAUAUGUGUUUUGGAUUCAUUUUGUAUCUAUGAAAUGUUAUGUUUUGGGGUGGGGUUUUUUAAACAUUCUGAAAAACAAUCCAGAUUCUGAUCUCAAUUGUCAAACAAGACUGUUGCCAUCAGCUGAGUUUGUGACCAAAACAAUUAUGUAAGAAGUUAAAAAAAAAAAAAAAAAGAAAAAGUAGCAAUUGCAUAAAGCUAAAGAAUAAGCUCCUGACUUGUAAUUGUAAAUCCUAAGGGCAAAUGCUCUGAAAGUAAAGAUAAAAAAUUGUCUGCCUCAAUUCUUAUAUAAACUCGUGAGAAGAAAACAAAACCCUACGCCUGUAUGUGUGAGAAGCUCCUACAUAACCAGGGUCAUGCACUCCAGGCCAGAGGGGGAAUUUCACAAUGCAGCACAUGGCAGCAUCUUUCAUUUCUGGUGCUGCUUGCAAGGGAAAUUUAGGCAUUUAGCCAGAUUUCCUUCUUCCACCUUUGGUGGGAGGUACAGGUCAGUAUCUGACAUACAGCUUCUUUGGGGAUUUAACAGUUUAUCAAUCAGGUAGCAGUGACUCAAUUCACUACUCUUCACUGGGGUUUUUGUCCCAGACAACAGGAAUUUCCCCCCAGCCUGGACAUAAUACUUUCUCCCAAAAUAAAGGGAAGGCAUAGCAAUAGGUAAGGUUUUUGUAUCCUAACCACUUCAAGUUACUAGUUUAUUUUUCUUUUACAGUUAAUACUUAAAUGGCUAAUUCAGUUUUUGUAAUGGGUGAGUCUAUUGCACUUUUAAGUUGGCACAGCCGCAAAUAAUGCUGGAAAUAUUAUGUAUAUUUUGUGUUAUGCGCAAGGGGUUGGUUUGGUUUUUUUUAGUUUUACUUUUUUAAAACAGCACAUUACAGGUUAAAUAUUAUUCUGAAAUGUUGAGCUUCAGCAUGGGCUUCUGUUUGUGCGUGCAGCAAGAAAAGUCAGGAAUACCUUCAGCAAACUCAACUUGUAUCUGAUUCUGGUCUUGAAAUCUAGCUGCUGACUUCCUGAAGUACUAGAAUCAAGUCCAAAAUCAAAGUUAGUUUCAUAUGAGCCUAUGUAUAGAUUUGGGAUGUACAAGAGAGUUUAUAAUCAAACUGACUUCUGAAAGCUAGCAUGUAAGCUCUACGGGAGCAGGGACUGUAUCACUGUGGUGCCUACCUGAGGGCCUAACAGCGUUACUACAAUAAAAACAAGAAUACUGCUGAA